UGGUAACUAAGGUGAACCAAUUGAUCACGUUGAUGAGAGUUUUAAGUUUCUAAUUAAUUUAAACAACUUUUUCUCUUAAUUAAUUAUUUAAUUGUUACCUUAAUUAACAAUAUGACGUCUAUGUUAAUGUUCUAUCAUCUGGUUGUUGCCUCUAGUAUAUCAUGUCUUAAGUUUCUUUUAAUGCCAUCAUACUAUUCAACUGACUUUGAAGUCCAUCGAAAUUGGCUUGCCCUUACUUCCAGUAAACCAAUUUCUCAAUGGUAUUUUGAUACAACUUCAAAAUGGACAUUGGAUUAUCCUCCAUUGUUUGCUUGGUUUGAGAUGGGUCUCUCUUUGGUUGCUCCUUUAUUUGAUCCGAAGAUGUUGGUACUGUCAAAGAAACCUUACUCAAGCUAUUAUACUAUCUUCUACCAACGGUUAUCCGUCAUUGUUACUGAUUUGAUCUACAUUUAUGCGGCUUUCCAAUGGAUCAAACUACUCAGGAAGAAUAAAAAUCUUGCAAAAUAUAAGAUACGAGAUGAACUUUACCAUCCAGCAGUUAUACUCUCAUUUCUUUUACUCUGGAAUCCUGGUUUACUUAUAGUUGAUCAUAUUCAUUUUCAAUACAAUGGACUUUUGAGUGGCAUAUUUUUACUCUCUUUGGCUCGAAUGGCGGAAGAAAAGUUUCUAGAAUCAGCCUUCUGGUUCACUAUCCUUCUCAACAUGAAGCACAUUUACCUUUACGUUGCACCGGCUUAUUUUAUUUACCUGUUGCGAGUUUACUGUUUUGACAAAGAUCUCCAAUUUCUGCGUAACAAUUUUGUUAAAUUAUCAAGUAUUGUCGGGGGAAUCUUUAUCUUCUCUCUAGGACCAUUUAUUGUUAUGGGACAAUUGGGUCAACUUUUCAGUCGUCUCUUCCCUUUUGGUCGAGGCUUAACCCAUGCUUACUGGGCACCCAAUUUUUGGGCUCUCUACAAUGGAGUUGACAAAGUACUUUCCAUCUUAUUAUCUAAAAAGGUCGGAAGUGCUUCCAUGACCGGAGGUUUAGUACAACAAUAUCAACACACCGUCUUACCAAAUGUACCCCCUUUUGGCCCAACGUUAAUCUCAUUUUUAUCCAUGUUGCCUAUUCUUACUCUUUUGUGGAAAAAGUGUGACCAACAAGGACACUCUCCAACACUUUUCAUUCGUUCAGUAAUUUUAUGUGCCUUCUCAUCUUUCAUUUUUGGCUAUCAUGUUCAUGAGAAAGCAAUUCUUAUGAUAAUCUUACCUUUAACACCUUUGGCCUUGAUCUCACCAAUGGAUGCCAAUAUCUUCUUCAUGCUUUCAACAAUUGGCACCUAUUCUCUUUUCCCGCUUCUCUUUAAAACCGGUGAAACGCCGACCAAAAUUUGUCUCCUUCUCCUCUUUACCAUCUACUGUUACCAAGCAUUAACGAAGGUUAAUUUCCAAGAUAAACAACAAUCAGCGAGCUUACUCUUACCUAAAUUAGAUUUACUCUUCCUCCUUGGAAUACCUUUCCUUCAAAUCUACCAAACAUUUGGCCCUUAUUUCAUCCCAUUCUAUUCAAGUUUACCCUUCUUACCCUUACUUCUUACCUCAAUUUACUGUGCCUUGGGUGUAAUGUAUCUCUAUGUGAAAAGUUACCUGUCAACCUACAAAUUACGUAACAUUGAAGAGUUUUAAAAGGAAAAACAUCAUAGUCAUUAAAAUGGUAAAACAAUCAAGGAUCUACAAUCUGAUCAAUCUGGUGUUAUCAACUAAUAAUUUACUAUACCGAUUGUUUAAUCACACUGCCUUGCAAUACAAUGAUAUUGACUAAUUGCGAUAUAAUUAUUAACACAUUAUUAAUUACAAUUAGUGGGCAUCUCUAAUGAAAACUGAUACUCUAUAAGAGAUUCAACAAAUUUACCAAUCAUCAAAUUUGCCACCUUAAUGAUUAGUUAUCGACUAAUAAUUAGCUUAAUUAGCUUAAUUGUCCCUCCAAAUAUCCUUUUUCCUUUAGUACAUGUACCAACAAUUGAGACAAAAGUUUGAUUUUUAAAAAUUUAUUAUCGGUCAAAUGAGCAAUUGUUAACCAUACUCUCUCUCUCUCUCUCUCUCUCUCUCUCUCUCUCUCUCUCUCUCUCUCUAAUUAGUUACACUUUAAUUAACAAAUUACUCUCUAAAAUCUAAAUACGGUCAAGGUAAAUUAAUGUGAUUACCAAUUAAAACCACAAAUUAGCUCAUAUCUCACCCUUCAUAUCUUCAUACCAAGAACAACAAUUAACUCACAAUUAUCACCAAUCAUAAAACCAUUACUAAUCCAUAAUUGUAAUCAACUAUAAGAAGUCAAUAAUCAUUUUGUAAAUUGUUAACCAACAAUCAAACUUUAAAUAACCUUUGCAAUAAACAAAAUCCAAUCAUCUAUG